UUCUUGAAACAGUAGAAUCGUUAGAUUGACCACAAUUUAUCAUCAUUACGUGAUCAUUACGGAAUUGUAGGUUCGAACUAUCGAAUUAACAAUAACAAAUACUGACAAAACACAGCCAUCAGAGUCAGGUGUACUAUGUGGCUGUCUGUCAUCCUCGUCGUGGCAGUCAUUUCUACGGGCGGAAAUGCUCGAUAUCUCAGAGUCCGCCAAACACAAACCGGAAGUACUAGCACCGGAACUAGUGGCACUAGUUCCGGGUCAAGCAGUAGCGGAACUGGCGGAAGUACAAGCACAUCAAGUGGCGGAUCCGGUUCUAGUCAACAACUCUCACAAAACAUGCAGCCACCAUCAUUCUUGCUCAACCCCUCACAGUUCAUGAGUGGCUCAAGUGCAUCCUCCCCUUCAAACCCAAGUGGUGGUGGAUCCAGCAGCACCAUGAGUGGUGGGUCCAGUAGUAGUGGUGGUUCAUCAUCACCAUCUUCAAGCAGCAGUGGUUCAUUAAUUCCAUCAUUCGACCCUAACAAGGUCAACAACAUUCAUGCUAGCUUCUUAGAUCCCUCCAAGCUGCAGCUUGGCCAAUCUGGCGGAGGAGGAGGGGGAUUCGACCCCGACCAGGUUAACAGCAUGGCCUUCAGCUUCUUCAACCCCAGCGCUCUUUUGAGUAAUGGUGGAAAUAGUGGUCCAUCAGGAAGAAAAAGACGACAGACUUCAAGCGGUGGAAGUAGCAGCAGUGGUGGAAGCAGCCCUCCAAGCUAUGACCCAAACAGUGUCAACAAACUGACAGCUAAUAUGCUCGAUCCAUCCUCUUCCAAACUUGGAGCCAGCAACGGUGCUGCCGGAGGCUUCGACCCAGACCAGUUCAAUACCAUGCAAUUCAACUUCUUCAACCCCAACCAGAUGUCAGGAGGCGGUGGUGGUGGUGGUUCAGGUGGUAGCAGUGGUAGUACGCCCAAAUUCGAUCCCAACAGCGUUAACAAAAUCCAGUCCAACAUGCUGGAUCCUUCAUCCUCAAAGCUCGGAGCAAGCGGAGGGGCUGCAGGAGGAUUCGAUCCCGAUCAGUUUAACACCAUGUCUUUCAAUUUCUUUAACCCACAAGCUCAAGUUGGAAAAAGAGUUAUUCAUAAACGCCAAAGCUCACCAUCCGGACCAAGCAGCAGUGGAAGUAGCAGCAGCAGUGGUGGAAGCAGUGCUCCAAGCUACGACCCAAACAGUGUCAACAAACUGACAGCUAACAUGCUCGAUCCAUCUUCUUCCAAACUUGGAGCCAGCAACGGUGCUGCCGGGGGCUUUGACCCAGACCAGUUCAAUACCAUGCAGUUCAACUUUUUCAACCCCAACCAGAUGUCAGGAGGCGGUGGUGGUGGUGGUUCAGGUGGUAGUAGUGGUAGUACGCCCAAAUUCGAUCCCAACAGCGUUAACAAAAUCCAGUCCAACAUGCUGGAUCCUUCAUCCUCAAAGCUUGGAGCAAGUGGUGGGGCAGCUGGAGGAUUCGAUCCCGAUCAGUUUAACACCAUGUCUUUCAAUUUCUUUAAUCCACAAGCUCAAGUCGGGAGAAGAAGUAUUAGAAAACGUCAAACGUCAACUUCUGGUUCAAGUAGUGCAUCAUCCGGGUCAUCAACCAGUGGCAGCUCAAGUGGCACUUCCGGUGCAUCAUCACAAAUGAUGAGUCCAGAUAUGUUCAUAAACCCGAGCGCAUUUUUAAAUGGCGGUAGUUCCGGGACCAGUGGCGGAAGUCCGUCCUCAUCUUCAUCCUCUUCAUCAUCUUCUUCCUCUUCCAGUGGAAGUGCACAGCAGCCUUCUUUUGAUCCAAACAAAGUUAACCAAAUCCAAUCUAGUUUUUUGGACCCUUCCAAAGCACAACUUGGAUCUGGUGGUUCGGCGGCCGGGGGAUUCGAUCCUGAUGCAGUUAACACCCUGUCGUUCAAUUUCUUUAACCCUCAAAAUCUUCUUGGGCGGCGAUAGAUUUAAAAGGAUAAGCGAGCGAUAUACAAUUUUCCAUGUGUUUUAAAAGAAAAAUAAAUUAUAUCUUUGUAUCUUCAA